AUGACCUCAUCAGAGAACGUAAGAGUAUGCGUACGUUGUCGUCCACUGAAUCAAGCAGAAGAACAAACUAAUUGCUUGGUUGUUGUGGAGGUAAAUGAAGAGACCGCUACUGUUUCUUUGAGAAAUCCGAAUGGAAGGGUCGAUGGACCAUCAAAAUCAUUCACAUUUGACUACGCUUUUGGCUUUGAGAGCAAACAACUCGAUAUAUACAAUAAAGUUGCUCGACCGGUUGUGGAGCAGGCCUUUAGGGGCUACAAUGGAACAAUAUUUGCUUAUGGUCAGACUGGCACUGGCAAAACCUUCACCAUGGAUGGCACGCGUGCAGCUCCAGAGUUGAGGGGCAUAAUACCAAAUUCAUUUGCACAUAUUUUUGGGCACAUCGCAAAAGCGGAUUCCAAGACUACAUUUCUCGUUCACAUAUCAUACCUUGAAGUCUACAAUGAAGAGAUCAGGGAUUUGUUAGUGAAAAAUCAAAAAAAGAAGCUUGAAGUAAGAGAGCGUCCAGACUGUGGAGUUUAUGUAAGAGAUCUGUCAAGCGUAAUGGUUCAAUCCCCCAAUGAAAUGGAGAGACUCAUGAACCUAGGAAGUCGUAAUCGUAGGUUCUAUCCUAACAUUACCUUCCCAACACAUGACCACCAGUAUCUAACUGAUGUAGGCUGCACUGCAGCUACGAAUAUGAACGAACAUAGUUCGCGCUCCCAUGCAAUUUUUUCUAUAACCAUUGAAUGUUCCGAACCUCUCGGAGACGAAAAGCGAAUUCUUCGACAAGGGAAAUUGCAUCUUGUUGACUUGGCCGUGAGUUUUUUCAUCUUUGUGUUUAAAUGUUCUCGUGACAUAAUCAACACGUUUCAAAAUGUCAGUAAACAAUUUUGGUGCUAA